GGCUGCGGGGGGUGACCCGGGCAAUUUAGUUAAUCCAUUAACUACUAAUUGUCUCCUCCUACCCUGUUGCUUGGACAAACAGCCCGGUGGGGGGGAAGUCAAGCCCCAGUGACCUAUAAAAGUCACGCUGGUAGAGGAGGCAGCCACUGUCACUGCAUGGAUCCCUGCAGUCCUGUUUUUCUGCACAUCUACUGGGACUUUUAAGCGUUGGAUUUUGAUUUGUGUGGCGUCAUAGACAAGUGACUCAUCUUUUCUUUCUCUCUGAGCCACCCUGUCUUGAGUUAAUCGUUUUCAGUCUCUCUCAAGCUUAUUUUUUCAUUAAUUUGUUGGUGGAAAAUUAUGUUGGGUAAACUUUGGAUGCUCUGUCUGUGCUUCUCCUGGGCUGAAGCUCGGAUAUGGGCCUGGAUGCUCAACAUGCCUCACAGCCCUCCGAAAGAAGGAGCGAAGGCACUCAGAGAGAGCGCUCCGGUGGCCAAAGCAAUCAUGGCUGUGUGCGACCAUGACAGGGUCUGUGGGCGAGGUUUCUCCUGUGAUCGACACUUCGGUCUUUGUGUUCCUCUGCGUGGGGAGGGACACUACUGUCGGAGGGAUUCCCAGUGUGUCCGCGGACUCAGCUGCAUGUUUGGGAAGUGCCACCGCAGCAUCCCUAACGGACAAGAGGGUGCCAGGUGUAAAGCUGAUAGGGACUGCGGGGCGUCCAUGUGUUGCGCGCGACAUCACGGCGAGCAGGUGUGCAAGAGGCGUCUGAUCAGCGGUGAGAGCUGCUACGUUCCUGAUGGCGGCCUGGCAUUCAGCAUCAACCAGAUCUGUCCCUGUGAUGAGGGGCUGCUGUGUCGAGAAAACAGCGCAGCUUACCAGAGAGAGUAA